CGAGAGAGUAAAGCAGUAGGUCGUGUCACCUACACCCGUAGGUCUGCGUAGCCUUUAAUUCGUCGUCACCGGUGAUCUGCGAGGUUUUGUGCGUCGUCAUCGAUGGAUUCUCGUGCGAAAAUCGGGCAAGCAGGCGUCGUGGUCCAGAUCCCGCGCCGCCUCAUGCUGGCCGAGGUCCUCCGGCAGGUCGGCGGCUCGCCGGCGGCGUACGCGACGCAGUGGCUGUCGGACGGGUACCUGAGCACCGUGCAGGCCACGGUCCCCCUGCGGUGCCACCCUUGGUGCAGGACCGUGCUGCGGGUGGCCGGGGCCGUGGCCCAGGGCGCCGCCGACGCGCUCAUCCGCCUGAUGAGGAGCAGGCACGGCGUGCAGAUCGACGACGCGAACUGGUCCCCGGCGGCGAGCAGGGCACCGCGCCGUGCCGAUCCGCGCCGGUUCACCGGGAGGGCGGCCGCUGUGAAUGUUGGAGCGUACGGUGGAUUCGCUUCGCAGUGGUGCCGUUCGUACGACGCAGCUCGUCUCGGUUGGGGUGUUGGCGUGUCCGUGUGGUGAUGUGUGGUCGUGUGCGAUGUUUUGGAAGAUUUUUAUGAAUGAAAAAUAGUAUGAAUAAUGUUAGUGUCGUAUUUUUUUUUCAUGAAUAGUGUUUGAUAUAUAUGUGAUUUGGUUGUAAACGUCGUGAUGCUUCUGUCUGUUUUAUAACGGCCUGCAUUUUCUUUCACCUUAAUGAUUUCUUAGUUUAGACGGAAGAACGCUGUUACUUUUUUUUGCGACAAAAAGAAUGCUGUUACUUAGGGGUUGCAGUGAAUCGAGAGGUUUAGUUUUUUUUUCUUAGGCCAACACACUUUUUUUUA